GGUGCAGCCUGCCAUACCUCAAAAAAGGCUAUAAAAUAGAUGGAAGAAAAUAAUGUACCACUUUUGAAAUGGGUUUCUAGCAGUGCAGAUCUGUCACCUAUUGAAACUUUGUGGCACGAGAUGAAAAAGCUUCAAGAAAUAUGGGAUUGUUUUACACCAAAUUUUGCCAAAACUUGGUUAACACUAUGCCCCAAAGAAUUUCAGCCGUAAUAAAAAAUAAAGGUGAU